AUGGCUGUAUACCUGUUAAAUCUUGAAGAAAAGUCACACAAAGGUGAUAUUCAGAGCGUCGUCACAUACGUGGAGCCUGACAAGACAUAUGAAUGGAUGCCAGGAAAAUGGACCACGCGCGAGGCUCUACCAGCCUUUGCUUCAAUAUUCUCACAUGCGCGUUAUACAUUCCACGAGAAAUAUCCAAACGGCGCGGCGGACAUGGCAGGCUAUUGGGCAGAGGACAGAAUCUUUGGCGGUGUCAUACUCUUCGACAGGGGCAAGUCAGGGACAGAAACUGUUCGCAUCUGGAGACCGCUCGAUACCCAGUUCAAACAAAUGAUACAUUUUCUCAAAGUCGGUCCUCCAGCCGCCCAAUGCCCGUUUCCUCUGUGCGCAGAUAAGAAAGUUAGACAUCGAUAUGGUGAUUAUGACGCCAUGGCAUGGCAUAAUAUCUAUCGCGAUCCAUGGGAGAGGGUACUUCCCCCGCAGAAGAACUGGGAUGCUAUCAGGAGGAACACCUUUGACUACCCAGAACUUCAAGAGCAAAUAUUCGAUAAAAUUUCACAUGGGCCUUUUUAUACGAUUACCCGAAAUGCAAACACAUUUUUGGACGUAAGGAAUCUAGAUGAGCGGAAUAAGCAUGACAACGCAGAAGCGGCUAGCAAUCCACAGAAACAAGGCGAAGAACAACCUUGUGAAACUAUACCCAAAGCAGGCAGAGAGGUCGAUGAGCCCCAGGGUAAAGAGCCCGAGGCUGCAGAAGUCCAAGUCACGGAGCCAGAGGCCUCAAAAAUGGUUGACGAAUCAAUCGAAGCAGAUGGCUUCCGGACCAAGGAGUACAAAUCAACAAUCUCUGGGGCUGAAAAUCCUCAACUUAUCGAUCCAUCUGCCCAUGAAAUCCUCACAAACAAGUCCUAA